CUCGCUUCUGACUUGCCUGUCCCGCACUUGCACAAUCAGCACUCGUAUCAACGACGCACCCACAGCUUCGCAUCAUUCCCUCUUACCCACUCACACCUAGCCAGCCCUACUCGCCAUGACUUCCUCGUCCUCUUCCUCGUCAGCCUUUGCCCUCGAUUCCUUCUCCUACGGCAAGUCCCUCGUCCGUCUGCUCCGAGUAGUCCGCGAUCCCUCCAAUCCAAAGAAACAGGACGUCAUCGAGUACACCGUCCAGUCCCUCCUCACUGGUCCCACCCUCGAUACCUCUUACACCGAGGGUGAUAACACCCUCGUCGUCCCCACCGACACGCAGAAGAACACGAUCCACUACUUUGCAAAGACCCUGGACGGACCUUCUGUCCUCUGUCCAGAAAAAUUUGCACUAGAGCUGGGAAAUCACUUCGUAAAGAGGUAUGACCAUGUGACCAAAUGCACCAUUGAUGUAAUUGCACAAAAGUGGUCUAGGAUCGAGCUCGAUGAUGGUCCUCAUCCGCAUGCCUUUGUGCGAGAUGGAGAUGAGAAGAGGACAGUAUUCGUACAGACGGAGAAGGCUAGAGUUAAUGGACAGGACGCUGUUGUCUGCACACAGCUCAAAGGUGGAAUGAAGGACCUCCUUGUGCUCAAGAGCUCGGGAAGUGCUUUCCACUCCUUCUGGAGGGACGAAUUCACCACGCUCAAGGCAGUCAAUGAUCGUAUCUUCAGCACCAGUGUCGAGUGUCAAUACAACUUCGCCCUCCCUACCGGCUCUCUGUCGGAGUACCUCUCCUCCCCCACCCUCCCAGACUUCAACGCCAUCUCCUCCUGUGUGCGCAAACACACGCUCCGCGUCUUUGCAACACACGAAUCCGCCUCUGUACAAGCAACAUUGUACCUCAUGUGCACUGAGAUUCUAGGAGAUGCACCUACGACGGACGCGCUGGUGGAUGUAGGGUAUGCACUGCCUAAUAAGCACUAUGUACCCAUCAAUCUGGACUGGGCUAAGCUGGAUAACCUCACGGAGACGACGGCGGAGGUGUUCCAUCCACAGGCGGACCCUAGUGGCUUGAUCAAGGCCGUCGUCAAGAGGACUGGAGACGGUGGUGCUCCCAAGUUGUGAACAGGAGGGCUGUGAUCCAGCUCUCGAUGCGAUGCCGAUGUAGAUGCAGUCGUUCACGCGACGUGAUGUGGAGUGAUGUGGCUAGAUCUUCUUUCUGGAAUUGUACAGCUAGCUAGUAUGACAACAUGUCCUCAUGAAGAGAGAAAGGAAUGUGUGUGUGUGUGUGUGUGUG